GUUCUUGUUGUAUAUUGGACUGUCACGUACUACGGUAUCUCCAUUAUCGAGACUGAUCUUUCUGUGCAAAAGCUUGCUCCACCAGACGCGCGCAUUGUUCAGUUCAAAAUGCAUUACGAGGAAGUUAUAAAGGGCAUGCAAACUAUGGCAGUUGUGGUGACAAAACCAGGUGAUUUGAGGGAUUCGAAAAGAUUCGCCGACGUUGCUAAUAUGAUUCACGAUUACGAAACCGCAAUUUGGUUUUCGAUGGCAACCCUUCUUUUCGAAAUUUCUCGCAGAUGGCGUUUCUUCCAUGAGGCCAUCGUCAGACCAGCUAAAAAGAAGCAUACUAUAGAAUACAAGAACAGAUGCAUCCAGCAGUAG